CAACCAUCAUGAAAAUUUGAUAAACCAUAUGUGUACUCAUAUUACAACGAUUAUCUUUAAUCUUCUAAUUCCACCCGUUCCGUGAAACUGACUUUCUGAAACAAUUUUAACACGCGUUUUCACUGAUAAGAGAACAGUAGAUUUAAAUAAUGUGCACUUAUAUAGUUUUCACUUCCUCUGCUAAAACAUACAAUAAUUUCUAGGGCUGAUACACAAAAUUUACAACGCAUUAAACAUUAUAGUGCUACUAAACCCGGAUAUCGAUUUUUCAGUGUGGUGUCCCAAGAAAAACAUAUGUAAAUUUUGAAAAUUUAUGAUAGAGUGAAGUGUUUUUUGCUGCAAAGACUAGUAAACAUGCACAUACUUAUUUUUGCCGCAUACAGUUGCUUUAUUGUUUUAUCGACGGUACGAGCAGAGCAUGACUAUUUUCCAGGACUUCGUAGGACCAAACCAAGUCAAAUGGGACAUACAUCAUGGGCUUCUAAUGAUGGAAGAGAGGCACCGGAAUUUCUGAAGACAAUAAAUGAACUAAUCGAAGAACAAGCCCGUCGUCGGUUUUUGGAACAUCUUCAACGAUUCCAGUUAAAUAGAAACAUCUUGCAAAGAGCUGAAUUGGAAGAAAACGCUCGACCUGCUUUCUCCUAUCAACUUCCACUUAAAGAUGAUAUUGAUUUAAAUAAACCUGUCGAAUUCGCAGUUGAUCCGAGUGAUCCUCGAUUUUACGAUAGGAUGUUGAAUGUCGUCUCUGAAAACCAUGAUGGGACCAAUCUUCAAAUCGAAAAGAUUACUGAUAAAGAAACAAUUUCUGAAUCUCAGGCCAAUCUUCCACCAUCACCUCAGGUCAUUAAACCUAAACAUCCAAUUUAUUCUGUCAACAAAUAUCAAAAUGUGGAAAACAAACUAAGACAAACAGAACAGCGCGUAGAUGAAAAUUUAUUACCACAGCGUGUCAAUGGAGUUAUUCAGCGACCAGUUGAAAUGGACGGAGCUGUUGCAAUGUAUAUUGUUGCUCUUAUAGGUGGAAUCAGUGCUGCUGUUACAGUAGGGCUGAUUUCAGUCGGUAUUGGAUGGUACACUUUACAUAAAAAAGCGAAAGCAGCUGCUGAUGUAGAUUACCCGGCAUACGGUGUAACAGGACCAAAUAAGGACUCGUCUCCCACUGGGGAUAGGAAAUUAGCACAGAGUGCCCAGAUGUAUCAUUAUCAACACCAAAAACAGCAGAUUAUUGCAAUGGAAAACCAUAACAAUUUAGAUAAAAACGGAUCACAUUCCGACCCUGAAAGUGAAGACGAUAAUGAAGAAGGAGAUUACACUGUGUAUGAAUGUCCUGGAUUAGCCCCGACUGCUGAAAUGGAAGUAAAAAAUCCUAUGUUCUUGGAUGAUACAACACUGACACCACGAAGCUCGCAUACUCCGGAUUCAAAAGUGCUACCGAAAGCAUCAGCUGGCACUGAAAAAUCACUUCCAGGCGGCAAGCAUACGAUACAGUGAAUAUAUAGAAAAUCAGGAGUACAAGAUUUUUUCUAAUUCAUAAAGAUUAUUGGUCUAGACUGGAUAGGUCAAAAGUAUAGUUAUAUUCAGUAAGAAAAAGUUAUACCAAAUAAGAUCAAAACGAAGGAUUUCAAAGAAAAUUUCCUUUCAGCAUGGUUUAUAUUGAAUUGUAUUGAAUGAUUGAUUUCUUUUAUAAUCAACAUCAUUGAUCGGCCCAUUACCGCAUAAGUCUGCACGAACUUAAGGAAUCACUCUAUGAAACUGUUUUGAAUUAUUAUAUUUUUCACUGCAUCUGUCGAUAGAUGAGUUAUAUGAAAACAUAACUGCAGAGUUCCAGCCACGCCUUUGAAACGCCUAAAUUUCAUAGCGAGUUUUCUCUAAAUCACAUUUUGAGUCCGUUCACACUAUUAAAUAAAAAUACUGAACCUAUCGACACGAAUCUAUACUCAUUUUGUAAAAUAUUAAAUGUAGGAAUGUAUAACCCACUAAAUUGUAAAACAACUAAAUUGUAUAAAAAAAUUUCUUGCUAGUUUUUUGAUGAAAAGAACUCAAAAGUCCAAAACAGAGAACUGAACAUUUUCUUUCGCGUUUCAUAGAGUGCCUCCCUUAAACAAAACACCACACUUUGAACCGAAUAAAUAAUGGGUGUUUGCCCCAGACAUACUUCAGUAGUUACCCUCACUAACAAGUGAACUAUAAUCGGUGUUCCUAUAUGGUGUCAGUUCUUUAAAAAAGUAUCAGGUUUGAGGAUAUGAAUGAUUUUUUAACGUGCCUGAGCUGUAGGUGUCGGAAAAUAAAAAUCAUGAUAUUCUUUAUGUAACCUUGCUAAGAUUUUGGAAGAACUUCAAACAUCGUUUUACGGUAUAUCUAACAUCGUCUUCUGCAUCCUACUCGUCGAGAAUUUUUGAAAUCGGAACAAUUAUGUGACGCCCCAUCCUUCCUUCACGAACUAGAGGCAGAAUUCGAAAACGAUUAAUUUUCUAAAAACCUGUUUCAAUCCAUGGUGUAAUGAUGCCUUUUUCAUAUCAAUUAUAUUCUCAUUUUAAAUACUGUGGUAUUCUAUUCAAAAUGUAUCUCUUCGAUUCUUGAAAGAAACCAGAGAUUGUUUGUACAUUGACUGGUAUAAACUACAGAAUGAAACAGUUUUUUGAUCGGUUAGGCAAUCCACGAGAAAACGAAGUGAGUUCCACUAUUGUAGGUACUUCCGGCACCGGAACCCGAGAACCGGUGUAAUCGAUGUCGGUUCGUAUGGCCACCAACUAACAUGACGUACAAACUCUACUACUUUUUUUUAAAAUUUUGAAAAUUCUAUACGAUUUUGACAUCGUACUCUAAAAUAACAAUAUAAAAUAACAUAACCUUUUCAAUUUGUAAACAGUUGGGUCAAGUUAAUAUGAAUAUCAGUUACGAUUAUCGUCGCACAUAUCAGUUCCGAUUAUCGUCGCAGAGCUAGUUUCCUUUCAAAAAAGAUAGAUCAUCCAGCUGCUGGUCGUUUGCAUAGGAGCAAAAUACACCGAAAAAUGGACAACAUUGAAAAACGUUAUGCAAAAUCAAACUAAUGGCUCCAAAUGUUAUCUAAAGAACUAGAAAGAUUGUUUCUUUGCAAAUCGGUAUUUAAAACCACCAUUGUAGUGAAAAUCUAGGAUAAUUUUAUUAGCUUUGUGCAAUUUUCGUAGUGCAAAAUUCGCCACAUUGUUUAAAAUCGUUUAUAUCUAAAAUUCUUCAAUAUCUUAGAAAAUUACACAAUUUAUCCCUUCUGAAUGCCAGAAAUUAAUCCCAUACAGUAUUUUGAUAGUUUCUUUCACUGAAAUGUUCAAAUCCACUUCCGGUGAGACGUAUGUGCAGGCACGGUUCUCGACGAAAAUUUGUGUAUUUCUUGUUCGACAAUAACAUAAUCGAACAUAAUAUAACCUCAACGGGCGGGAUAGAUCUCUAUAGGUCCCAGCCCUGUCAAGUUGACACACCAGCAAAUAAAAAAAAUUCGAAUCCGAUAUGAAACAAUCGACAUCAAAAUUCAACCAGUUGUAGUUUGUAGUAGAACCUCCCUCACUUUCCUGAGGAGCGCUGCGUACGUCGUCUUGUCGUUUGCCUCGACGAUCAGUUCAUCACCCUUUUUUUCUUUGCCUAGGGGGCAGGUCAUUUUCUUUAUUCGUGUGUUCCUUUCUCUUGUCUUCCUUUUUUUCUUCCUGCUUUUCUUCCUUUUUCUUUUCUUCCUUCUCCUUUUGCUUCUUUCCCUUCGCCUGCUGGCUAUCCACAGUGCGCCAUCCAUCAUUACUCCGAUUGUUGGCGCGCUCUCGUUCGCUUCUUUGUUUCUUCGGGACUUCCUCAUCUCCUGGCUUAUCUCUGCCUCUUUUCUCCGAGCGAGCAUUCGAAGAAUCAUCGACGUCUCUUUCGACCAUGGCUCGUUGCUACUGCCGCUGCGUAGCUGCUGCAAAAGCGUGUUUAGUGGCAGGUAAUUCGCUCUCUGCCUCAUCCGUUCUCUGCGUCACGCUGUGCCAUUCUUUCACAGCAGCUCCGAGAGCCCUCCGAAUGUUCAACACCAAGUCCUUGAUGUCCUUAUGCACGUUGUGCUUUAACGGAUUCGCCACCUUUCCGCUUGUUAUUGGAUUCCCCCUCCGGGCCGCUUCGUGUCGCUUCGUGAUCUCUUGGUUGUCUAUGAAACAGGGAGGCCAAGCUAGGGUUGAACACGUACCGUCAUGGGUUUCGUGUCCAGAUCCAGAUCAGCGUAAGUCGGGAAUGUUACAUCCGAGCCUAGUACCCCUCAAAAAUGACGGCCAGAUGAAGAACGUUUCUUCUAGAUCUGCUCUGUUUUAAUGUGUAGGCUACAUUCACCCCUAUUCUGUUCGUCGAUCGAUUCGAAAUAUUCCGAUCGAAUGUGCAAUUUCCGUUCUGCAUUCCGUUCGAGUUGGGUAUGAACUCAAAUAUCAUUCGUUCGAGUUGUUAAAUUUUCGAGCAUUACUCGAUCGACUUGCGUACGUAUUACUUAUGUUCAGUUUAGAAUCGUUCUAAUCUUUUUUUAAUAACUAUUUAUUGGAAUUUGAGUUAAAAUUAAAUUAUUAAGAUUUAAAUUGGGUGUUCAGCCACAAGCGGUGACUUUGCAGCCCUAUUAUAUAUAUGAUUUGGUUAUUACCAUGAGGACAUCAUUUGCUUCCGCAAUUCUGAGAUUUUUGUGUAGGGAAAAUUCUAAACCUACUUGUAUUGUGUAAUGGGGAAAAGGAACUUAUAUACUAACUUACUAACUAAUACAGAGAGCGAAUCGAUUCAAUUGAAGAUUGCAUCGAUUUUUGUCGGAAUUUGCUUGUAAUAUUAUGUGACAUUACAUCUAAUGGUUCUAUAUUUGUGAGUCUGUGUAACUCAUUUGUACUAAACCAGGGAGGACGCUUCAUAAUUAUUUUCAGAAUUUUAUUCUGAAUCCUUUGAAGCAUUUUCUUACUGGUGGAACAACAACUUGAACAAAUUGGUACUGCAUAAAGCAUUUGUUUAUAAAUUAACAAUUUGUUUUUUAGACAGAGCUUAGAAUUUCUGUUUAUAAGAGGAUAUAAACAUUUAAUAUAUUUAUUACACUUUGCCUGGAUUCCUUCAAUGUGAUCCUUGAAAGUGAGUUUUUUGUCAUACGUUAAACCUAAGUAUUUAGCUUGAUCAGACCAUGUCAAUUCCAAGCCAUUCAAUUUGAGAAUGUGAUUAUUGUUUGGUUUAAGAAAAGAAGCUCUUGGCUUAUGAGGAAAGAUAAUUAAUUGCGUUUUUGCUGCAUUUGGUGUAAUUUUCCAUUUUGACAGAUAAUCACUGAAAAUAUUUAAACUUCUUUGUAGGCGACAGCAGAUCACUCUUAGAUUUCUACCUGUGACUAACAGAUUUGUAUCGUAACAGAAUAGCGAUUUCUGACAACCAACGGGUAGAUUUGGAAGAUCAGAAAUGAAAAUAUUAUACAAGAUUGGAGCUACGCUCAAACCCUGCGGAACACCGGCUCGUACGGGUAGCAAUUCAGAUUUACAAUUCUGAUAGCUAACCUGAAGAGUACGAUCAAUUAAAUAACUUUGAAUCAUUUUGAUCAAAUAAAUAGUAAACUGGAAAUCAGACAUUUUUGCUAUUAAACCUUUGUGCUAAACACUGUCGAAUGCUUUUACUAUGUCUAGAAGAGCAACUCCAGUGGAUAACCCAGAAGAUUUAUUCGCUUUUAUCAUGUUCGUUAGUCUGACAAGUUGAUGAGUAGUUGAAUGUUCAUGACGAAAUCCAAACUGCUCUGGUAAAAAAAUUGAAUUCUCAUUUAUAUGAGACAUCAUUCUCAACAAGAUAAUUUUUUUUUCAAAAAGUUUACGGAUAGAAGAAAGUGAGCUAAUUGAUCGAUAACUUGAUGUUUCUGCUGGGUUUAUCAGGUUUAUCAGGUUUGAGGAUAGGAAUUACUUUAGCGUUUUUCCAUCUUUUUGGGAAGUAAGCUAAUGAAAAACACUUGUUGAAAAUUUUAACCAGGAGUCUCAAGGCAACAUUAGAAAGAUUUUAAUAAGAAUAUUAAAAAUUCCAUAAUUACCAGGAGCCUUCAUGUUUUUAAGUUUCCUGAUAAUUGAUUUAAUUUCAUCAAAAUUCGUCUCAAUAAUGUCAUCGUGUGAUAACACUUGGGUUGAAAUAUGAUCAUAUUUCAGAGAUACUUUAUUUUCAAUAGGACUCACAACGUUCAAAUUAAAAUUGUGGACACUCUCGAACUGCUGAGCAAGUUUUUGAGCUUUUUCGCCAUUCGUAAGAAGUAUUCGAUUUACUUCCUUGAGAGCAGGAAUUGGUUUCGGAGGUUUCUUAAGAACCUUAGAGAGUUUCCAGAAAGGUUUAGAUUAUGGUUUAAUUUGUUCAACUUCUUUAGCGAAAUUUUCAUUUCGCAAAAGAGUAAAUCUAUGUUUUUUUUGUAAAUCCUUAACUAUGUUUUUCAUAGCAGGAUCACGAGAACGUUGAUAUUGUCGUCGACGAACAUUCUUCAACCGAAUGAGCAGUUGAAGAUUAUCAUCGAUGACAGGAGAAUUUAAUUUAGUUUGAGCUUUGGGAACUGAAAGAUUUCUAGCUUCGAUAUUGUGAUUUAAUGAUUCAAAUUAUCAAUUGCUGUGUCGAUGUCCGCAGAUUUUUCUAAAAUAGUUUCAUGAUCCACACGAUUUUCAAUGUGAGAUCUGUAAUCCAACCAAUUAGCUCUAUGAUAGUUGAAUAUAGAACUAAUUGGAUUAAUUAUAGCUUCGUUGGAAAGUCUGAAUGUUACAGGUAGAUGAUCUGAGUCAAAGUCAGUAUGUGUAAUUGGUUCAUUACAAAUGUGACUUUGAUCCGUUAGAGCCAGAUCAAUUGUAGACGGGUUUUUCACGGAAGAUAAACAAGUAGGAUUACUGGGAUGAAGAACUGUGAAGUAACCAGCUGAGAGUUGAUUAUGAAGUAUUUUACCAUUAUUUUGCCUACAAUUCCACUGGACAUGCUUAGCAUUUAAGUCCCCUAUUACGAAAAAUUUCGGUCGAUCUCUUGUGAGUUUUUGCAAAUCGCCUUUAAAGAAAUUUAAAGCCGGUGCAUUGGAAUGCAAAUAUACUCCAGCGAUGAAAUAAAUUCCAUGAAUGGUUUCAACUUCGAUUCCCAAGCUUUCAACAACUUUAGUAUUGAAAGAAGGUAAAAUUCGAUGUUUAAUUUGCCGUUGGACAAAAAUGGCAACUCCACCACCCAUUCCAGUAAACCUGUCAAAUCGAUGAACCACAUAAUGUGGAUUACUUUUCAAUUUGACAUUUGGUUUAAGAAAAGUUUCUGUCACAAUGACAAUAUGAAUUUUGUGAACUUCGAGAAAAUUAUGAAAAUUCAUCUUCACUCGAUUUCAAAGAUCGAGCAUUCCAAUUUAAAUUAUUCAAAUAAUUAUUUAACAUCACUGUUAAAUUUUAAAUUCAUUAUAAUAUUAUUUGCAAAUUGCCAUCCGAUUUGAAAUGCUUCAAAAAGUGAUGAAGUCGAAUUCAUUCCGAUGAUCAUUUGAAAAAGUUGAUCUUGUAGGUAGAUCAUUUUAUUUUCAGUUAUAUCGCCUAAAUCAACUUCAUUUAAAGAAGAGAAUGGCAUUGAAGAAAUAUUCGUAGGUAGACUGCCAUUAGAAGAAGAUGAUAUGGCCGAUCUACCUAUUAAUAAAUUGUUUUCGUUAGAAGAUGAACUGCAAGGCGGUCCUGUGUUUUGAUUAUUUACAUUAGAAGAAUUAAGUGGUAGAUUUCUACCUGUUAUACUAGCAUAACUGGCAUUAGAAGAAGAUGAUGACGAGGUCGAUCUAGCUGUCAAUAAAUUGUUUUCAUUAGAGGACGAAUUGGAAGGCGUACCUGUUUUUUGUUUUAAAUUCGAAGAAAUAAGUGCCUUAGAAGAAUUAGGCGUGACAUUUGUAACGUUUUUUUAUUUUCAGGUAUGUUCUGUAAAUUUACGGUCGUUGAUUUGACUUGUUAUCUAAACGAACGAGCGUUUAAAUUUUUUUCCUUGACAGGACAUUUCAAAUAAUUGGAUUUAUGAUUUCCAUUGCAAUUUGAACAUGAAAAUUUAUCAGUGAUUUCAUUCAUUGGACAAACGUCUUUUGAAUGGGAUUUACCACAAUUCAAACACCGUAUAUCCAUAUGACAAUUUUUGGUUCCAUGGCCGAAGCCUUGGCAACGACGACAUUGCGUUAAGUUUGCAAUACCAUUAUGCCAUUUAUAAUGUUCCCAAUGAAUUUUAAUGUGGGAAAUGAAACGUACUUUUUCUAAAGUUUUCAAAUUGUUUACAUCACUUCGAUUGAAGUGUAUUAGGUAAAGUUCAUGGGAAAUUUCAGAGCGUGGUUUAGAAGUACCAUUCGCUCUUUUUUCAUAAGUAUUACUUGGGAAGGGGCAAAACCAAGCAAUUCCUUUAGUUCACUUUUAAUUUCAUCAGUACUUUGAUCAUUUGAUAAGCCUUUCAAGACAGCCUUGAAGGGUCUGUCUGAUUUUAUAUCAUAUGAAUAAAAUUUAUGAAGUUUCUCGGACAAAUAUCGAAUAAGACGUUCGUAAUCUUCCAAUCCAUCAACCAAGACUCGACAUUCUCCUCUUCGUCCAAUUUGAAAUGAGACUUUUACUUCCGGGAGAAAAGUAGAAAGCUCAAUCCGGAUUGCUAUGUCUAUGUCGCUACAAUCGGAUUCAGGAAGAAUCUCGUAAAUAUUGUUAGACGGCAUAGAAUGAACGGAUGGGAAAUCCGUCCGUUGUCUUUUAUUUUUACAUUCAGAUUCUAUAAGAUCAUGAAUGUUAUUAGAAAAAUGUUGAAUAACAGAUUGUGAUUUAUUCCGUAUUGAAUUAUUUUUAGCCUUAGGCUUGUUGCCUUUCCGAUUGGAUGCAGGCAUUUUUUGAAAUGAAUAAAAUUUUAAAUUUAAUUAACUAGGCUAAAUUAGUCUUCAAUUAGACUCCUAGUUUGGAAAAGUCUUGAUAAAGACUGAUUUUGUAGUAGUCUUAAUAAAGACUGAUUAGUUCGAAAAAUAGUUCUUUGAUUAACUAACCUUAAAAAAGGCUGAUUUAUUUCUUAGUCACUCUUUGUAUCACUUAUUCACUCUAAUAUCACUCUUUGUAUAGCCUUGAGAAAGGCUGACUAAUUGUUAGUCUUUAAAAAAAAUGUCAGUGAUUCAGGUAGCAUUGAAAAAGACUGAAGACUUGAAUCAAUGAAACUCUAGGUAGCCAGAAAAAAUUUCCAGGAGCCGAGAGCUAUACGCGUGCGGUGCGAACGACUGUUCAACAUCGACUGAGAAUCGUUCUAAUUUGUUUAUACAAGUGUGACGGUUUCGUUUAAUAAGAAAUUAUUAAUAUAAAUAAUUGGAACGUUUAAGUAUUGUUGACAGCUUUGACGGUUAGUGUUCGAAAUUUCAAGUGUUCUCGAACGAGAGUCGAUCGAAUCAUACAAGUCGAACGGAAUAAAGAAUGCAAAAUUCGAACUCGAACGAAAGUGUAGAUUCGUUCGUAUCACAAUUCCGUCGGAUUGCAGAAUCGGGGUGAUUAGUUACUUACUAAACGAACCGACUUCUGGUAUACUGAUUCCUAGUUCCCGGUUCCAGAAGUACCGGAAAUAGUUUUCAAAAAUACUAAAAGAAAACUCACUUAAUUUUCUCACUCUUUUGCUGUUCAAUUUAAUCCGGGUUCGACUUCCAGUUCCACAACUACAGGGCAAAAUGUGUUUAAUCAUUUAAUGCGUCAAUGCUAAAAAAACAUUAUUUUUAUCUUGAUUAAAAAAUUGUUUUUAUCUUAAUUGUUUUUAUCUAUUGUUUUGUAAUAUGAGAAAGGCAUCAUCACACCACUAGGUGGAUUAAAAAAGGAUUUUUCUUUAAGACUCACCUAGCAGUAUCGGAAAAAACUACUUGUGCGUUUUUAAACAAUGACUGUUUAACUGGGAUUCUAAGUAAAACCUUGAGGAUGUGGCUCUCAUUGUAUUCAUUUUCGAUGAAACGGAUAAAGUAAGUGGAUGACAGAAAACGAUGCUUAAAUUUUCAAAAGUUAAGAUGGCGGAUUUCGGUCUAUCUAUAUUGUUUCAAAACGUUUUCAAUAUGGAUAAGCUAGUGCUAUGCCGAAACGCUUGGAGUUUAGUCCACUCUUUUAUUAUAUAAACGUUGUCGAAUCAUUACGUAGUUGUAUCAACUUAUGAAAGAAUUGGUGCUUUUUCCUUAAAUACGUGUUUGAUUUCGCUGAAACAUGGUUAAGAGAUUCAAUAAAUACCGUAUGUGUGAUAAUGUUUGCAUCAUUAAACAAUGUCAAAAUAUAAAAAAAAUCUCGUAA